AUGCAGCUGUAUAAUCUUGGUCUUCUGGUCGCGUCUUUUGUCGCCUCCGUUGGUGCUGUCUCGACCUUUACACCUGCUCGACCCCCGGCUGUGCCUCUGGCUGUUAAGUCGCCAUACCUAAGCACUUGGCUUGAUGCUGGCAGUGAUGGUGGUAAUGGAGGCUACUUGGCUGGCGAAUGGCCCACGUUCUGGGAGAACCAGAUCACUGGGUGGUGCGGUCUGAUUCGCGUCGAUGGUGUGGCCUAUACUUGGAUGGGUCUGCCAGGAUCGACGACUGUUGAUCAGGUAUCACUGGAGUAUACAUCCACCAAGAGUAUCUUUACUAUGAAUGUUGCUGGUGCCGUGGAGAUGAACAUUACUUUCAUGUCGCCUAUUACUCCUAAUGACUUGAAGCGUCAAUCCCUUGUUUUCUCUUACUUGAAUGUGGAAGUUUCCUCACUCGAUGGAAAUGAUCACGAUGUACAGGUUUACGCCGAUAUCUCUGCAGAAUGGGUAUCGGGAGACCGAACUACAAUUGCUGAAUGGGAGUACGGCACCACCGAUGAUGUCGCAUACCACAAGGUGUACCGUCAGACACAGCUCGCAUUCUCGGAGGUUGACCAGCAGGGUGAGUGGGGCUACUGGUACUGGGCCACGGAUGUCGCCGAUAGCAUGACUUACCAGGCUGGCGAGGAUACCGUUGUCCGUGGUCAAUUCUCGUCCAAUGGAACUCUUGAAAAUACUAUCAACACCGACUACCGUGCCAUUUCUGACGAUUGGCCCGUUUUCGCGUUCGCAUCUAACCUGGGCUCUGUUUCCUCAUCUCCCGUCAGCACACUGUUCUCGAUUGGUCUUACACAGGAUGACGCUGUCCAAUUUGAGGGUGCCUCGGCAUACGGUCCUGUCCAGUCUCUCUGGAAAGCAUACUUCGACACUGAGUUGGAUGCCUUGUCAUUCUUCCAUACGGACUUUGCUACAUCCAGCUCUCUCUCCGGCGAGUUUGAUACUAAGGUGACAUCGGAUUCUAGUGCGCUUGGUGGUGAAAACUAUGUGACAAUGACUUCGCUCUCGGCCCGACAAGCAUUCGGUGCCACUCAACUUUGCGGAACCGAAGACAAGAUGUACCUGUUCCUCAAGGAAAUCUCAUCUGAUGGCAAUGUGAACACAGUCGACGUCAUCUUCCCAGCCUACCCCUUCUUCCUGUACUCGAACCCGGAAUACCUAAAGUUGGUUCUGGCACCGCUUUAUGAGAACCAGGAGGCUGGAAAAUACCCCAAUGACUGGGCUAUGCACGAUAUGGGCUCUAGCUACCCCAACGCAACUGGUCACAACGACGGGGAUGAUGAGAAGAUGCCUCUGGAAGAGUGUGGAAACAUGCUUAUUAUGACUCUCGCAUACGCACAGGCGGCCAAUGAUGUGGACUACUUGACUCAACAUUAUAACCUGCUCACUCAGUGGACUGGGUACCUGGUCAAUGAUUCUUUAUACCCGGCGAACCAAAUCUCUACCGAUGACUUUGCAGGAUCCCUCGCCAAUCAAACCAACCUGGCCUUGAAGGGUAUGAUUGGUAUUCAGGCCAUGGCUGUCAUUGCCAACAAGACCGGAAACACCGCCGAUGCUACCAACUAUUCGACUAUUGCCCACGACUACAUUGCCAAGUGGCAGGACCUGGCUAUUAACAAGAACGCUACCCCACCCCACACAACCUUGAACUAUGGUAACUGGAGCAGCCAUGGUUUACUGUACAACCUCUUUGCGGAUGCCCAGCUGGGCACAGGUCUCGUCCCCGAAUCUGUCUACCAGAUGCAGAGCGACUUCUACCCUACUGUCAUGAACACAUAUGGCGUUCCCCUCGAUACACGCCACACCUAUACCAAGUUUGACUGGCAAUCAUUCGCCGCUGCAAUCUCGUCGACAAGCACUCGAACCUCCUUCUUCCAACACAUCUCGACUUGGGUCAACGCAACAACGACUAACAAGGCUCUCACCGAUCUGUACGAUACUUUGACUGGAGACUACCCGUCAACCACAUUCUUUGCCCGACCUGUCGUCGGUGGCUCCUUCGCCCCUCUCUUGGUCACCAACUAA